AUUGUAGCUUUGAAGGUAAGACUACUGGUCUCUGCUGAUCAAAAGAUUACUUCAGAUAUCUUAGUGUUGUACUGUAAGUGGGAAAAAAAAAUACGAGGAACAUGACACAGAUUUUUCCAGUCGCUUAAUUUAGUUUUUCUUCCGGCGAAAAUCACAACAUGACUUACAUAAAAAUAUUUCCUAUUUAGCCCAAAAGCUAUGGCAGAUCAUUGACGCUUCUCUUUCACUAAACUACUGUUAAUCCUCUAGCCAAGUGGGCGAAAACCAGUCUCCUAAAUCGAUGGAAAACGGUGUCAACGGGGAGCAUGAAGAUCUUAAUCCAGAAGUGAAUGACACUACAUCAUCAUCAAGGUUCUGGAUUGAAUCAAAAAAGCUAUGGUACAUUGUCGGUCCCGCAAUCUUCAGCCGCGUCGUAAGUUUCUCCAUGAAUGUCAUUUCUAUAGCCUUUGGUGGCCACCUCGGCAACGUUGAACUCGCUGCCAUUUCCAUAUCCAUCAAUGUCCUCGUCGGCUUCAAUUUUGGUUUCCUGUUAGGGAUGGCGAGCGCCUUGGAGACUCUGUGUGGGCAAGCCUUUGGGGCGAAGAAGUACCACAUGUUGGGAAUAUACUUGCAAAGGUCAUGGAUUGUGCUCUUCCUCAGUGGUAUUUUGUUCCUACCCAUUUACGUUUUCGCUGCUCCGAUUAUGAGACUCAUUGGACUGCCCGAAGAAGUGGCGAAACUCUCUGAGGUCGUGGCUCUGCGGCUCAUACCGCUGCAGCUCGGAUUUACGUUUCUGUUGCCAGUGCAACGGUUCUUGCAGUCCCAGCUUAAGACCUUUGUGAUUAUGUGGGUUUCUUUUACUGCUUUACUGGUUAAUUUGCUGCUUACUGGGCUCUUCCUUCGUGUGUGGGAUUUUGGACUUGUUGGUAUUGUUGUUGCUUUGGACAUCUCUUGGUGGGUUCUGGUUUUAGGGUUGUGUGGGUAUGCUAUGUGUGGUGGAUGUCCUCAAACUUGGACUGGAUUCUCUGCACAAGCCUUUACGGGUCUCUGGGAGUUCAUCAAACUCUCUGCUGCUUCCGGAGUCAUGCUCUGCUUGGAGAACUGGUAUUAUACAAUAUUGAUGUUGAUGCCUGGCUACUUGAAGAAUGCUACAGUUGCAGUGGGUGCCUUGUCAGUCUGCAUGAACAUCAAUGGGAUCGAGCUCAUGAUCCAUAACGCUUUCUUUGCUGGUGCAGGAGUAAGGGUGGCCAACGAAUUGGGAGCUGGCAACGGUAAAGGCGCAAAAUAUGCAACUAUGGUGGCUGUGUCCUAUUCAGCUGUGAUUGGCCUCUUUUUCUGCAUGCUAAUCCUAAUAAUCCACGACAAGAUCGCAUACAUCUUCACAUCAAGCACUGAUGUCAUCCAUGAAAUUGAUAAGAUGUCGUACCUCUUAGGGGCCACAAUUCUAUUCAACAGUAUUCAGCCAGUCUUAUCGGGGGUGGCUGUUGGAUCGGGAAGGCAAGCAACAGUCGCAUUUAUAAAUCUUGGAUGCUACUACAUUAUUGGUCUUCCUGUUGGAAUUCUAAUGGGAUGGAUCUUCCAUUUUGGCGUUAUGGGUAUUUGGGGUGGGAUGGUCUUCGGCGGGACGGCUGUUCAGACUAUGAUAUUGGUCAUCUUAACCAUGCGAACCGAUUGGACGAUGCAGGCUGAGGAAGCCAGCAAGCGCAUACGUAAGUGGACAAACGUCCCUAGCCGACUCAGAAGACCAAGCAGAAGUUGAAUUCUAACAAAAUUCAAGUUGAUGCAUGGAUCAAUGUUGCCACUGAUAAUUAGCCUAUAAAUUUGAGGCUAAGGAAGCUUGCAGCAGGCGUGCUAGUUAUAGCGGUCAAACCUUAAACCAGAGGUUUAGCAAUAUUAACCAAAUUGCUUAUGGGCUUUGAUCAUACUGAUACAUCCACCAAUAUGAGACCUGUAUUUUUCUCACCAUUUAUUAAUUAUUUCUCUUUUGGUAAUUUAUAUAUGUUUGUGUUUUAGAACUUAAUAAUGGUUUGUAUUUUGACGAGCCUUUACUUUAAAUUUUAUAUCAGCUUUUCAUAAGUUUCAUGCGUCAUGGGAUUUCAUAUAUAAUGAGUAGUACUAUUUAUACACUCAUUAUAUAUAUACAUAUAUAUAUA